GGCAUACAGCUAACAAACUACGGAGUAUAUACGAUAAUACGACCAUAAAAAUAUACGGAGUACUACGUAAAAUAACUGCUGCUUUAUUUUUACUACUCGGCAAGUUAACAAAUUUCGGAUUGAACAAUUUGUUUUCGUCAUUUCUCCGAUCUCCAUCGUUUCAUCGACUAGAAACAAUAGGAUGGUGGUUGUUUCUUCUGUUCGAGACUACAUCAAUCGCAUGCUACAGGACAUUUCUGGAAUGAAAGUCCUCAUUCUCGACUCCCACACGUUGUUGUAGGUUAGUAUUGUGAGUGUGGUAUAUAGUCAGACUGAGCUUCUUAAGAAGGAAGUGUUUCUUGUGGAACUGGUGGAGUCUAUUACUCUGUCCAAGGAACCAAUGUCACAUCUUAAAGCAGUCUAUUUUCUGAGGCCGACAUCAGAGAAUAUCCAACACAUGCGCCGUCAGCUCUCUAAACCUAGGUUUGGAGAAUAUCACCUAUUUUUCUCAAAUAUAAUGAAAGAUACCCAGAUUCAUAUUUUAGCUGACUCUGAUGAAAAUGAAGUGGUGCAGCAGCUUCAGGAAUUUUACGCAGACUUUGUUGCAAUUGACCCCUAUCAUUUCACUCUUAAUAUGGCAUCAAAUCACAUGUACAUGCUUCCAGCAGUUGUAGAUCCAUCAGGUCUGCAGCAUUUUUGCGAUAGAGUGGUUGAUGGACUUGCUGCUCUUUUUCUUUCUUUGAAACAAAGGCCUGUUAUUCGAUAUUCACGGACAUCUGAUAUUACAAAAAGGAUAGCUCAAGAAGCAGCGAAGCUAAUGUAUCAGCAGGAAAGUAGCCUAUUUGAAUUCAGACGGCCAGAAAUUUCCCCCUUGUUGCUAGUAAUUGAUAGAAGGGAUGACCCUGUUACUCCACUACUUAAUCAAUGGACCUAUCAGGCCAUGGUUCAUGAAUUAAUAGGCAUCCAAGACAAUAAGGUUGACCUUAGUAGUAUAGGCAAUUUCCCCAAGGAUCAACAGGAGGUUGUACUGUCAUCAGAGCAAGAUAGCUUUUUCAAAGCUAAUAUGCAUGAAAACUUUGGAGACAUAGGAAUGAAUAUCAAACAGAUGGUUGACGUUUUCCAACAAGUUUCAAAAAGUAAUCAGAACAUCCAGACAAUAGAGGACAUGGUAAAAUUUGUAGACAACUACCCAGAGUACAAAAAAAUGCAUGGCAAUGUUUCUAAGCAUGUAACCUUAGUUACUGAAAUGAGCAAGAUAGUUGAAGAAAGAAAACUAAUGAUAGUCUCAGAAGCGGAACAAGAAUUGGCUUGCAAUGGUGGACAGGGAGCAGCAUUCGAGGCUGUAACUAAUCUGCUAAACAAUGAAAGUAUUUCUGAUAUUGACCGGUUACGGCUGGUCAUGCUGUAUGCAUUGCGCUAUGAGAAAGAAAGCCCUGUUCAACUUAUGCAGUUGUUUAACAAAUUGGCUUCUGGUUCGGCCAAGUACAAACCUGGGCUUGUGCAGUUUCUACUAAAGCAAGCUGGAGUCGAUAAAAGAACUGGGGAUCUCUAUGGAAACAGGGAUCUCCUAAAUAUUGCAAGAAAUAUGGCCCGUGGACUUAAGGGCGUUGAGAAUGUUUACACCCAGCAUCAGCCUCUUCUAUUCCAAACUAUGGAGAGCAUUACUAAAGGGCGAUUAAGAGAUGUUGACUACCCUCUUGUUGGGAAUCACUAUCAGCAAGGCAGGCCACAUGAUGUGAUAAUCUUCAUUGUUGGAGGGACUACGUAUGAAGAGUCACGUGCAGUUGCUUUACAAAAUUCUGUGGCAUCUGGCAUUCGUUUCAUACUCGGCGGCUCUGUAAUUCUCAAUUCUAGGAGAUUUCUGAAGGAUCUCGAAGAAGCCCAGAGAAUUGCUCGGACAAGCACUAGCGUGGCUUAAAAGAUUCAGCAUCAGGACUUUCCCGCCAUUUAUGAUGGACAAGUAAAAAUAGGCCCGCAUCUUUUUUAUGUUGGGAUGAUGUAGUGAAGUUCAAGAGUGCGACUUAUUGAACAUUGAAAGUUUGAUGUAUAAAGUUACCUUUAGUGCCAUGGACAAUCACAAUUGUAGUAUUUGACAAUAAUAUUUAUACGGCAAGAGAAACGUCCAAUUAGUACAAGUCCAAACCCGAUUUCUAACUACUACGGCUUUCCUUUUAUUUUUUGACAACUAACUAAAGAUUUUGUAAUUUAUUCACACAAAGUUCUAUUUAGUAAUUCAUUUGACAUAUUA